GGAAAAAGAAAGAUAAACUCUGGAAUAACGGAACAGGGCCCUAUUCUGCGGACCUUGGCCUUGGCCUUUACCAACAUAGUACUUUUCAGAGUAACUAGCGUUACUUGCUGCCUUUUGCCGGUUGGAGUCAUAACCUUCAGUGAAGUGUUUACAAUUUCUAUUUAUUGUUGUACAUCAAUCAAAUAAAACAAUGUUGCCUUUAACCUUAUUGAAGACUGCGCAAAAUCAUCCUAUGUUAGUGGAACUAAAAAAUGGAGAAACGUACAACGGUCAUUUAGUUAGCUGUGAUAAUUGGAUGAACAUAAAUCUCAGAGAGGUUAUAUGCACAUCGAGGGAUGGUGAUAAGUUCUGGAGAAUGCCUGAAUGCUAUAUAAGAGGCAGCACAAUAAAAUAUUUAAGAAUUCCGGAUGAGGUGAUAGAUAUGGUAAAGGAGGAUAUACAAACAAAAACAAGAGGUCGUGGUGAAGUAAAAGGUCGUGGCCAAGCUCAGAGAGGACGUGGUGGUGGAAGAGGAACUUUUGGAAGAGGAGGAAGAGGUCCAGCACCUUUGGGUCGUGGCGGUGGUACCCAAGGUGGUACAGGGAAUAAAAUACAAAAUAAACCAAGACCUAAAUAAAAAUUUGUAUAAUUUAUAAAUUAUCCUUGUCACAUAAUAUUUAAGUCAUUGUGUGAAUAAUCUUACUAGUAUUACAUCAACAAUACUAGUAAUAACAGAACAAUCUUACUAGUAGUAGAUCUAUUAUCAAAGAUUUUUUAUUAUUCAAUUUCUUAUGAAUUCUCACAUUUUUGUUAAAAAAAUGAAAACGAGUGUAAAGUUACAAAGAUACUUAGUGCUUUAAUUCUGCAAUUGUACGAUAAAAAAAAAAGAUGUACAAUUUAAGGCUCUGCUAUUCUCACUUUUUAAUGAUAUCAAAAGUAAAAUUACAUUGACAAGAGAAACAAUAUACUAGUUUAGAAAUUAGUUUAUAUUUCUAUGACAUUGGACAAAAAAAUUGUCAAUCUUUGACAUAAUCGAUAGGUUUCAAGAUUGUGAAACAAUUAUAUUUUUAAGAGUUUGUAUAUCCUUCUUUGCCAUGUCUCACUUCAUCCGGAAUUCUUAAAUUUUUAUUUUUUUUUUUAUUUUUAAGAGAAAACUAAAAAAAUCAAUUUGCAAGGUUUUUUUGCUUCUGAUGUCAUUAAUUAAACAAGGACAUCAGCUGGUGGACAGCUUUAACGAGUGUCAUAAAAUGAUUUCAAGAGAACUACAUAAAUUUUUGUCUUUGAGAGAAGAUAAUAAAUUUCUCGCAUAUACAUCGUUGUUUAUAAAAGAAUGUUUUAUUUAAAUUUUUUUUUUACACAUCAGGUGCGGUGUACUUUAGCAUCUUCACUAUAUAUACACAAUAUCUUAUUUUCUGUGAUCAUAUAAUAAAAAAUAAUCAUGAAGUAAGAUAUAUCUCUAAAAUGUACAGUUUUAUUAAUAAGUUUAUUGUGUCGUCCUCUUUUGUAUUAUAUAUAUAUAUAUAUAUAUAUAUGUAUGUAUAUAUAUAUACGUAAUAUAUAUAUGUAAUAGCACAGCUGUAUGAUGGGUGUGUUACAUCGACUGGUCUUAUUAAUCACUAAUCAACUUAGUACAUUAAUACAAAACUCAGUUUAUUGCAGUAAAUAAGUUUAUCAAUUU